CCUUCUUUCUCCCUCCUUGGGGUCGGUGCCCGCAGCCGGCAGAGCGAAGGGGCCUCCCUGAAGAGUUGGAAUUCAGAAGGAAUUCCUCAGAUACAAGUUUCCAUUUCUUCUCUGCCUCAGCUGGACAGCUUUUUCAGACUGUCUAUUCCCAGAAUGUCAGAAGAGAUCACAGCAUUGGCUUACCAUGCUCCAAAAGAACAAGAAGGACUUAUAAUUGUGAAGGUUGAAGAAGAGAAUUAUGUUUGGGGGCAGGACUUUGGCCUUCAGAGGAACUCCCAGAGCCAGGAGGUCUUCCGCCUGCGUUUCAGGCAGUUUAGUUAUUCUGACUCCAGUGGGCCCAGAGAAGCUAUGAGCCAGCUCAAGGAGCUUUGCUCUCGGUGGCUGAAACCGGAGGCACACUCUAAGGAGCAGAUAUUGGAGCUGUUGGUGCUGGAGCAGUUUCUGGCCAUCCUGCCUGAGGAACUGCAGGCCUGGGUGCGAGAGCAGGGGCCAGAUAAUGGAGAAGAAGCUGUGACUCUGCUGGAAGAGUUGGAGAAAGAACUCAAUGAAUCAAGGCAACAGGACUCUGCUCGUGGCCAGAAAAUGAUCUGGAAGAACACAACAUGCACAGGAGUUCUGAAGUCUCUAAGUCACUCUUUGCGGUCUUUGGAGAGCCAAUGCAAGAGUGAGACUCAGGAGCCCCAAGAUUUCCACGAGAGAGAUGGCAAGAUGGUAGCUGACAAAAUGUUGACAGCAAAGCAAGAAAUUAUUGAAUGUGUAGCCUCAACUGCUAUAUCUCCAGGAAGACUUCUUGGGAAAAUUGCUUCAGUACAGAUAGUUGAAGAAGCUUUGGACGGUCUGGACAACUCUGAGAUGCAAAGGGAAAGUGCUACAAUGAACAAAAUGAGUCAGCUCCCUUCCCAGGAAAGACAGUACAGCCUGGCAAUGUUCAACAAGAAAAUCCCCACAGAGCAGUGUUUCCCUGAAUGUCAUGGAAUUGAAGGAAAUCUCAAUCUGAACUCAAAUGAUAUUACACCACAGAGAAUUCACACAGGGGACAAGCUCUAUGAGUGCUUUGACUGUGGGAAAGCCUUUUGCCAGAGCUCAAAGCUGAUUAGACAUCAGAGAAUUCAUACUGGAGAGAGACCUUAUGCAUGUAAAGAAUGUGGCAAAGCCUUCAGUUUGAGCUCAGACCUUGUUAGACAUCAGAGAAUACACAGUGGUGAAAAACCAUAUGAAUGUUGUGAAUGUGGAAAAGCUUUCAGGGGCAGCUCAGAGCUCAUUAGGCAUCGGAGAAUUCACACAGGAGAGAAACCUUAUGAGUGUGGGGAAUGUGGGAAAGCUUUCAGCCGGAGCUCAGCCCUUAUUCAACAUAAGAAAAUUCACACUGGUGAUAAAGGCUAUGAAUGUAUUGAAUGUGGUAAGGCUUUUGGUAGGAACUCUAUCCUUAUUGAGCAUCAAAGAAUUCACACUGGAGAGAAACCUUAUGAGUGUAAUGAAUGUGGAAAAUCCUUUAAUCAGAGCUCAGCCCUUACCCAGCACCAGAGAAUCCACACUGGGGAGAAACCUUAUGAAUGUAGUGAAUGUAGGAAAACAUUUAGACAUAGAUCAGGUCUUAUGCAGCAUCAAAGGACACACACCAGAGUUUAAGUCUGAGUAAGAGUUGUAUAAUUGUGAAAUGCAAAAAAUUCAYUUUGAGGAUGAGACUCAACAGAAGAUAGAAUUUUCCUGAGAGUAGGGUGUCUGUCCUUCCAGCCCAGUUCAGUUCUGUAAGAGGAGAUCCACAUGAUUGUUAUGAUUGUUAAGUGUUAAGUGGAAAGAAUUUUUUUUAAAUCAGGUCUUUGAAAAGAAUGGUGGGUAUUCUCUAGAAAUGCCUAACUUUAUCUGCAUGAAGUCUCUCAUCAAUACCACCUUUACCUCACCAACCCAAAUAUAACUGCCACCGUGCAAGUCCAGAAUUAUGUACCUAAAAGAGCUCCUUACAUGAUGGCAAGGAUAAGAUCCCUGCUCAGCGUUUGUGCAGUUGGUAGGUGAAGGCAUGUACUAAGAAUUAUUCAACUACCUGAAUUGUUGACUUGUAUGGGAAAUGUUGAAUUAUGCCUUGGCUUGUUUUAACAAGAUCCAAGGCAGUUUAAUAUUAUCUGAGGAAUGGUGGUUCAUUGUUCCCACUUCCCGUUUCUCUCCACAGCCCUAUGCUUCCUACAAGGCCAAUUCAGGUUUGCUUUUUAAUUAAGCACCUGCUGUGUUUAGCUAUUUGGGACAGAUAUGGUCAUUGCUGUCCCAGAGUUAAGAGUUAAUGGAAUAUACAUAUUUACUAAAUAAGUAAGUAAAGUGCAAUAAGUACUUUGAUAGGAUAAAUCCAGGGUGUUUCUGGAGUACAUGGCAGGGCUACCUUACCUGAUCUCUAAAGACUUCUUGGAUGUGCUAACAUCUCAGUUGAGACCUAAACUGUAGAAAUUAGCCAGGUCAAGGGCAGAAGAAGGCAGAGGUUAUAGGACAUAUAAGGCAUGAAAAGAAGAGAAUCUGGAGACAUCAGGACUCUUCACUUAGCAGGAAUUAGUUGUCAUAGUCUGGCAGGACAUGUGGCUAAGAAGCCAGGACAUGUGCCUAGAAGAWAUGUGUUGGAUUUUCUCUAUUUAUAAUCACUAUACAGAACUUAUAACCUAUUACAUUUUCAAGUACUCAGAAUGAGGGUAGUAGAAGACUGGUACAUCUUAUGGAAACAGGCAUGAUGCACACCAAAUAAAGAAUAUACAUUGGAGGCUAUAGGGACAGUGAGGGCUAGAGUGUGUGUUUUAUGACCCUGGAUCUCAGGAAAUGGGAAACUUCCAGGGACCCAGAAAUGAGAAGUUUGCCUUCCCAGACCCUAUAUUCUUCAUUCCCUUACCCUAACCCUCAGCACCAGCUCUGUAAACUCUAAGCCACUUGAGGGCAAUAAAUAUUUGUUAAAUUAACCAGAUUCCUCAAAAUUAUAUUUUCCUAAUUUUUACUUUGGCAGUUUUAAUUAACUUACAAUUGUUGAGGGUAAUUAAUACUUAAGAACUUUUUU